CGAAAUAAAAAAAAUGGAGUUGGAGAAAGGGAAAACCAAAACGUUAGCCAAAAGCCUUAUCCUGCUCAAAUGGGCAUUUUUCCCAAUUGUCCGUUCCUCCACCACUUGGCUUCACUUCCCUCUCACCCACAGACCACAACCAUCUUUAACGAUCAUUUACCAAUCUCUUCGUCAACCAAAACACCCUAAAGGCCAACGCUAUCCAUUCUCCAACCGAUAUGUCAGAGCCGCUUGUAGGUGAUUUUCGAUUAGUUAAGGGUGUUAAAGUGUUGAGAAUCUGAACUGGGGAAGUUGAAUUUGUUUGGUUGCAGCAUUUUCAAGUAGGAAGUUAAUGGUAGUGUUGGGAUAAUUUGUACACAGAGAAAUGUCUACUAUGACUUCCCUGGUGAACUUGGGAAGUUUUUGCAGGUGUUCUUCCGGUCAGCUUGAAGGUCCAUCUGCUUUGGUUGGGAGCAUUUUUGUUUCUAAAAAAUUCAGGAGCUUUCGUAAAAUUUGGACUGGGAGGAGAUGUCGAUACCUGUCUGUUUGUAGAUGCUCGGUAACUGCUGAUUAUACUGCUGGCCAAGGAACAUCGAUAACAUUGGCUUCAUUUAAUACAAGUAGUGAUGAUGAAAAUAUUGUUGAACCUUUGCUCAACCAGGCUUUCAAACCUCAAUUGAUACCCGGGUCAAAAUUUACUCCCCUCUCAGAAAUGGGUUCUGCAGCUUGGGAUGGAGCAGAUAUAAGCUCAGAUUCCGGUGAUGAGAAUUCUUGUACUGGAGAUGAUAAAAGAAAAUUAGUUGAGUCACUUGGAGAAGUACUGGAGAAGGUGGAGAAGCUAGGGAGUAGUAAGAGAGUCAAUCCCACUAAGAAAUCACUAGCCAGUGCAAACACCAAAGAUAAGAAUGGCAAACCAAGUAGUUCUACGACUAUUCCCCAUCGAAACUCUAAGACGAUGAAGAGUGUGUGGAAGAAAGGGAAUCCAGUAGCUACUGUACAAAAAGUUAUAAAGAAGUAUCCUAAACAGGAACCAAAAACAGACAGAGUCGAGAUUCCCGAGUCUCAAACUGCCGCCUCUCUAAAACUCCCUCAGCAAGUUCAAGAAGAGUUUCCGCCAUCUAUAACUCCUACACCCAUACUGAAAAAACCGGUUAUCUUGAAGGAUGUGGGUGCUUCACCUUCUCCUCACCGACCCACUGGUGCAGGGAAGAAAGGGAGUGCAGCAUCUGCUGUUCAAAAAGUUAGAAACAGGAAUCCUAAACAGAAACCAGAAACAGAUAGUGUAGAGAUGCCCGACUCUCAAACUGCCGCCUCUUUAAGACACCCUCCCGAAGCCCAACCAGAGUUGCAGCCAUCUAUUGCUCCUCCACCUGUAUUUAAAAAACCAGUUAUCUUGAAGGAUGUGGGCGCUGCAGCUUCUCCUCAUGGAUCCACUGGUCCGGCUGAAUCCGUUACAAAGCCUAGAGAGCGCAAACCAAUUUUAGUUGACAAAUUUGCUUCCAAGCAACCAGCUGCCCGUUCUGCGAUUGCUCAACCAGUGAUCCCUUCAAAACCCAUUAAGAGCCUUACAAAACCUGGAAGGAGCACUCCAGUUGGGAAGUUCAAAUAUGAUUUUCGUAAAAAGAAUGGUCCAUCAGAUGGAGCACGAAAGCGAAUGGCUGGUGAUGCUAGUGACGAGAUUCAUGAUGAUGCUGCACUAAAAUUCAAUGUUUCAAUUCCAGGCACUACUCCAACAAGGAAAGGUAGGAAAUGGAACAAGGCAAGUCGUAAGGCAGCAAAAAUGCAGGCGGCUAAAGAUGCUGCUCCCGUUAAGGUUGAAAUUCUGGAAGUGGACGGGGAAGGUAUGCUUAUUGAGGAGUUAGCAUACAACUUAGCUAUUAGUGAAGGUGAAGUUCUUGGUUACUUCUACACAAAAGGAAUAAAACCUGAUGGCGUGCAAACUCUCAGCAAAGACAUGGUGAAGAUGAUAUGUAAAGAGUAUGAUGUGGAGGUUAUUGAUGUUGAUCCGGUUAAAGUGGAAGAAAUGGCUAAAAAAAGGGAGAUAUUUGAUGAAGAUGAUUUAGACCAACUGGAAGAUAGACCUCCUAUCAUCACUAUAAUGGGCCAUGUAGAUCAUGGAAAGACAACCCUUUUGGAUUAUAUUCGCAAGAGCAAGGUAGCAGCAUCUGAAGCUGGUGGAAUCACACAAGGAAUUGGUGCAUAUCAGGUGAAGGUACUUGUACAAGGAGACCCUAAGACUUGUGUCUUCCUUGAUACUCCCGGGCAUGAGGCCUUCGGAGCAAUGAGGGCUCGAGGAGCUAGAGUUACUGAUAUUGCUGUCAUUGUAGUAGCUGCGGAUGAUGGGAUCCGACCUCAAACGAAUGAGGCCGUUGCACAUGCCCAAGCAGCUAGAGUUCCAAUCGUGGUUGCCAUAAAUAAGAUUGAUAAAGAGGCAGCUAAUCCAGAGCGAGUUAUGCAAGAUCUUUCUUCUAUUGGUUUGAUGCCAGAAGACUGGGGUGGUGACGUUCCAAUGGUUAAGAUCAGUGCUCUUAAUGGACAGAAUAUAGAUGAUUUGCUGGAAAUGGUCAUGCUUGUUGCAGAACUUCAAGAAUUGAAGGCCAAUCCUCAUAGGAACACCAAGGGAACUGUGAUUGAAGCAGGCCUUGAUAAAUCUAAAGGACCUGUAGCUACAUUCAUUGUGCUGAAUGGGACAUUAAAAACAGGCGAUGUCACAGUCUGUGGUGAAGCUUAUGGAAAGGUCCGAGCUUUAUUUGACGAUAAUGGAAAACGUGUUACUGAAGCUGGACCUUCCAUGCCUGUCCAGGUUAUUGGCUUGAACAAUGUUCCCUUUGCUGGUGAUGAGUUUGAGGUAGUUGGUUCUCUUGAUAUUGCACGCGAAAAGGCAGAGAAAAGGGCAGAAUCAUUGAGAAAUGAACGCAUAUCAGCAAAAGCUGGGGAUGGGAAGGUUACCCUAUCUUCCUUUGCUUCUGCUGUUUCAGCUGGGAAGCUUAAUGGGACAGAUUUGCAUCAAUUGAAUAUUAUUCUCAAAGUUGAUGUUCAGGGAUCCAUUGAAGCUCUCAGACAGGCUCUCCAGCUUCUUCCUCAGGAUAAUGUCACUCAGAAGUUCCUAUUACAAGCUACUGGGGAUGUGAACGCCAGUGAUGUUGAUCUUGCAGUAGCAAGUAAAGCCAUCAUCUUAGGAUUUAAUGUCAAAGUGUCGGGCUCUGUCAAAACCUAUGCAGACAACAAAAGUGUUGAGAUCCGGCUGUACAGAGUCAUAUAUGAACUUAUAGAUGAUGUACGAAAGGCUAUGGAAGGACUUUUGGAACCUGUGGAGGAACAAGUGCCAAUUGGUUCAGCAGAAGUGCGUGCAGUGUUCAGUAGUGGCAGUGGUCGUGUUGCCGGAUGCUUUGUAACAGAUGGGAAAAUUGUGAAAGAUUGUGGAAUUAGGGUAUUAAGGAACCAAAAACAAGUCCAUGUUGGUGUCCUUGAAUCUUUGAGACGUGUUAAGGAGAUCGUGAAAGAGGUGAAUGUUGGACUAGAAUGUGGAAUAGGAGUUAAAGAUUUCAACGAUUGGGAGGUUGGAGAUAAUCUGAUAGCCUUCAACUCAGUGCAGAAGAGGAGAACUCUGGAGGAAGCGUCAGCCUCAAUGGCUGCAGCACUUGAAGCAGUGGGGCUUGACCUCUAAGGUCAUACGCGCACACAUUUUGUCCCAUGUUCAUUUUUUUCCCUGAUUGCUCACGUAGGGUGUGGGGGUGGUGGAGGGAGGGGGGGGGGGGAAUUUGCGGUGGUCGGAGGAGUAAUUGUGGGUGAGUUUUGCUGAUUGCCGCCUGUCAAGAGGCUGAGGAGAAGGGCAGUGAAGAAACGGAGAAAGGGUUGCCUCCCAUUGUUGUAUGCUGCUGUAACAUUGUAAAUAGCAAUACAUAUAUAUAUAUUCCAGUUCCAUCUUGUAAAGAUCAAGGAGCCAGCCAUUCACUUCUGUUGCCCACCAUUGAACAGUGACACCAGAUGUAAUGUAACCGUACCAAAACAAAGAAAUAGCUGUUGUCUCUAAUAUAAUAUUAUUCUUUCU